GGCGAGGCUGCUAAAAUCAUAUCAAACUGAUGACGUGUCCACGGAGUCCUUCUGACUUCCGGGUCUACGUUAACGGUGUGCAGUAGAGACCACAGUCACCAAGAAAAUGUCUAAAGUCACGUUUAAAAUCACUCUGACGUCGGAUCCCCGGCUACCCUACAAAGUACUCAGUGUCCCAGAGAGCACGCCGUUUACAGCCGUGUUGAAGUUUGCAGCAGAGGAGUUCAAAGUACCAGCAGCCACCAGUGCCAUCAUUACUAACGAUGGUAUUGGCAUCAACCCAGCUCAGACAGCAGGGAACGUGUUCCUGAAGCACGGUUCAGAGCUGCGCAUCAUUCCCAGAGACAGAGUGGGAGGAAGGGGAGUAGGAACAGACCCAUCUUCCUCCUCCUCGAAGACCCAAUGACUCAGACACACACCGGCUGAAUCAUGUUUAACUUCUGACCUGCGGAACACUCAGUGUGUGUGUGUGUGUGAGUGUCAGUGUGUUUGUGUAUAUAUUUUCUAGACCUGAAAUUACUACACACACACACACCUACAUAAAGAGACACACUGCAGCAGCAAGCUUAAUUUUGUCUAUACUGUCUGCACUAUCCAAAUGCAGCGUCACCCCAGGCUGCCCAUAGACAUCCUCACACUGAAGUAAUUGAUUACACACACACACACACACACACUCUGGCGGCUUCAAGAGAAGGACUCGGCGGAAGCUUAGCAGACAAUGUGCUUUGAGUUUGUGAACAGUUGUAGUUUUGUAUACCUAUUUUAGUUGUAAUGGUAAAUGGCUAAUAUAUCUGCCUCCUUUUUUUGUCCAACAUCUGCAGGCAUAUUUAGGUAUGUAUGUGCUUGCUUUUUGAAGAGGACUGCAUAAAUGUUGGUUCGCACUACACAUUCAAAUGAUUUAGCUUAUUCAGCAUGCCUUCCGAGAGCAUUGUUUAAUAAAUGAUGCUUGUUCAAAGAA